AUGAGAGAGGGUACGACGAAAUUGUUGGCCGCGUGUAAACACCGAACGCAAUCUUUGGAAGCUGCAAAAAAUUUGCUAACGUCCAACGAGAGAAUGUCUGCUUACAUGUCGGAAUUGCAAAAGAGAAAAAAAGAAGCUCCGAGCAGGAGUUUAGGACAGCAGCCGACUAACAUAUCGAAAGCUCGUUUGUCUUUAUCCGAUUUGAGAAUGCCACUCAUAUGGCGGGACACGGAUCAUUUUAAAAACAAAGGAGACUACAGGAGAUUUGCCGUUUUCUGUUUGGCACGAGUCGGAACGGAAAUCUACGACACGUCUUUAUUGAGUCCGGUCGAUCGAUCAUUGACAGAUCUCACAUUUCCGGACAUAAUGUUAUUCAACAACGUGCCACCCGAUUUCGAAUUGAAAUUGGAAGUUUACAGUCACAUACUCCAGGAUGAUCUUACAAUGGCGAGCACGUCGAGAAAAAUUAAAAAAACAAUACACAGCAGUAUUAGUAGAACCGUGGGUAAAAAAUUAGCGGCCACGUUAAACGACGAAUUAAACGCUGGUAAAAUUGGUCCACGUUUCGAAUUGACGGCAACGGCGAGGCUGACGUUGGACGAAGUACACGACAAUAUUCGUACUCAUGAUUUGCAAAUUCAAGUUACAGAUACGAGAAGUCAUCAGCUUCCUCUUUUCGGUCAUUUUUGCUGUCGUUUAGCAGCUCAACCGAAUUCUUUCGCUCAACAGGUUUAUUCGGGAGUGAUAACGAUAUGUCUUCACGACGACGAAAACGAUGACGUCAUACCGUACGAUCAAACCGUUUUCGCACGUUUGCAAUCCUUCAAAUUGGAAAUUUGGGAACAGAGAAGAUUUUACGAAACCGGUGAGGCACCACCGAUACGGGUGGUGCCCAUAAACAAGUUGAGAAACGUCGAAGAAAAACAAAAAUGGUUGAAAAAUUUAAAACAGCAAUCGGAUGAUCACAGACGGUGGAGGUACGCGGCGGAAAAUUGUUUGGACGUUCUCUCCCCGGAAUCAAUAAGAAAUUCAUUCAUGAAAGGAUUCCGACAGGGUUCCCUGUACGAUCAAACGCCAAUAAUCGGUGCGUGA